UGGCACAGAGAAAAGCAAAAUGCUGGAGCUGUUCUCAACCAGGCUGGAUGUCCUGCACAGCCACCAGGCCUCCACACUGCAGGAGCUGCAAAUGGCCAGACAGGAAGUUGGGAAAAUACAAGAAAUGUUGAUGGCAUCAUCCCAGGAGCAGCAGGAAGCUGCUGAGGAAGGUGAAAGCACAGAGAACAAAGGACUUUCAGCUCAUCAACAGACUGUGGCUUGCAAUGACUCGGAGCAGCCACUGGAGGGGGCUAAAGCCCGCCUGGAGGAGCUGAAGGAGAGUCUGUAUCAGAGGGAGAGAGAGAUCACUGAGCUGCUGGAGGCCCAGAGGAGCCCCGUCCCCCCCGUGCCCCAGUCCCCCUGCAGCGUGCUGCUCCCCACUGUCAUACACAAGGCUCAAGCUCUCUGCAGUGCAGUGCCUGAGGCCAGAGCUCUUUUGGACCUGAUGAUUGAGGAGAAUCGAGCCGCGUUGGUUGAAGCCAGAGACAAACUGGGCCGUGAGCAGAUGGCUAGAGAAGACAGUAUUAGCAAAGAAGAUAAGGCAAACGACCAAGAGGGGUUUGCUGAAUCUGAGUCAAGUGUGUCCUUACUACAAGAAACAGUGAGGGGCUAUGAGGUCUCUUAUCUGGCUUUGGACUGCAUUAAAACCGGAGAAAGCCCUGUAAUAAAUGAAUGUGACGCGGUGGCAGAGCUGGAGGACAUCUUGGGACAAGGGACGAUCCGAACCACAGAGGGAGUGAAGAGCGUUGGUCAGCAGCUUCUCCUGCUGCAGGAUCAGCUGAAGCAAGUUAAAGACGAGAAAAAGAAAAUAAUUGACAACUACACUUCAGAAAGGACAAUGAGGAAGAAGUACUACAAUAUGGUGGAAGACAUGAAAGGUAAAAUCAGAGUGUUUUGUCGGAUUCGACCGCUGAGCAGAACUGAAGAUGCUCAAGGUGGAGCCAUCGCUGUGGAGAAAAUAGAUGAUUUCUCUGUCAGUGUGGACACUCCUCGAGGGCCGAGGGAGUUUCAGUUCGACAAGGUGUUCACUGCUGAAGCCUCUCAGGAAGACCUGUUUCAGGACACCAACAGGUUGAUCCAGUCGGCCAUCGAUGGAUACAACGUCUGUAUCUUUGCGUAUGGCCAGACGGGCUCAGGAAAGACCUUCACUAUGGUGGGGGACAAGGACCAGAAGAACCCCGGGAUAAUGCCGAGAUCUUUUAACGCCAUCUUUGAUAUCAUACGAGAGAGCAGCACCAAAUUCGACUUUAAGGUUUCGGCCUACAUGCUGGAGUUGUACAACGACCGGCUGCAGGACCUCUUUGUGAUGCCGGCUGGUGAGGCCCAUGCUCAGCCUCCGUCCCAUGGCCAGGUCAGGCGGGUGGAGAUCAAGAGGAACCGAAAGGGGGUUGUGUUCGCCCAAGGAGCAGAGACAAAAGAGGCCUCCAGUGCCCAGGAGCUCUACGCUCUGUUCCUGCAAGCCUGCGCCAACAGACACAUCUCUGCCACCAAGAUGAAUGUGGAGAGUUCCCGCUCCCAUCUCAUUGUGUGCAUCAUGGUGGAGAGCAGGAAUCUGACUAAUGGCAGCGUGAGCACCGGGAAGCUGAGCCUCGUGGACCUGGCAGGAAGUGAGAGAGCAGCCAAGACCGGGGCCAAAGACCACCAGCUAAAGGAGGCUAACUCCAUUAACAAAUCACUGAGUGCCCUGGGUGAUGUAAUCUCAGCCCUGUCUGCAGAACUGCCUCAUGUACCAUACAGGAAUAGCAAGCUGACACAGGUGAUGCAGGACUCCCUGGGUGGAAAUGCCAAAACCCUCAUGAUCGUCAACAUCUCUCCUUCUGAAUGCAACCUUGAAGAGACGCUCACAUCUCUGGUUUAUGCAACCAGAGUGAAGGCCAUAACCAACAAUGCACAAAGACAUGUGGAGAGCAAAGAGAUCGCCCAGCUGAAAGAGGUCAUCAUUAGGCUGAGGUCAGGGCAGACAGUGGAAGACGAGGAUGUUUGAACCUUUCAAACAGCAAAGAAAAACUAUUCAUUUAAAUAUUUGAGUAAUUGGAAUGUGAGAAACCUAUUAC